AUAUAUUCAACAAGUUCAAAGAUAAAAAUGGUAACUUCAAGGAGAGCUUAACUGCUGAUGUUCCUGGGAUGCUAAGCUUUUAUGAAGCAGCACAUCUAAGGAAGCAUGGAGAAGACAUGCUAGAAGAGGCUCUUGUUUUCACCACCACUCACCUUGAGUCGGCAGAAACAACGGACGCACGAAAGCCACUGGCUUUACAGAUAACUCAAGCCUUAGAGAGACCUCUGCGGAAGGGUCUGGAGAGGGUAUGUGCCAGGGGUUACAUGUCAAUCUACCAGGAUGAUGCUUCACAUAGUGAAGCUAUAUUGAAACUUGCAAAGUUAGAUUUCAAUCUCGUUCAAUCUUUACACAAGAAGGAGCUCAGUGAGAUUACUAGGUGGUGGAAAGAACUGGACUUUGAAAAGAAGCUGCCUUUUGCAAGAGAUAGGAUCGUGGAGCUGUACUUUUGGAUAGUUGGAGUCUAUUUCGAACCGCAUUAUAUGGCAACAAGAAAAAUUCUUACAAAAGUGAUUGCCCUGGUAUCAGUUUUGGAUGAUAUCUACGAUGCAUUUGGCACAUACGAAGAACUCGUGAUCUUUACUGGAGCAAUUGAAAGGUGGGAUAUCAAUUGUAUGGAUGAACUCCCAGACUAUAUGCAAGUAUUUUACCAUACCCUCUUGAAUGUUUACGACGAAAUUGAGGAGGAGAUGGUAAAAGAAGGAAGAUCAUACCGAGUUUACUAUGCAAAAGAAGCUGUUAAAGCUCAAGCCCGGAACUACUUUGCUGAGGCCCAAUGGUUGCACAAAGACUACAUUCCAAGCAUGGAAGAGUAUAUGAGUGUAGCAACAGCUUGUGUUGGUAACACCUUGCUUUCAAUUACAUCUCUGGUUGGCAUGGGAGAUAUUGUAACGAAGGAAGCUUUUGAGUGGUUGUUGAAUGAUCCUAGAAUUCUUAGAGCUUCAAAUAUCAUUUUUAGGCUCAUGGAUGACCUGAGUGGAUACGAGUUUGAGAAAGAGAGAGAGCAUGUUGCUUCUAGUAUUGAAUGUUACAUGAAGCAAUAUGGGGUGCCAGAGCAAGAGGUGCUUGAUAUUUUUAACAAACAGGUUACGGAUUUGUGGAAGGAUAUCAACGAGGAGUUCCUUAGACCAACUGAUGUGCCAAUGCCUGUCCUCAUGCGUGUUCUGAAUCUAACAAGAGUGGUUGAUCUCCUUUACAAAGGGGAUGAUGGCUACACACAUGUUGGGAAAGUGAUGAAAGAUAGUGUUGCUUCACUUUUUAUUGAACCCGUGCCUCUCUGAUUUGGCUCAUUAUGAGAUUUCCUUUUAGUCACUUUUAGGUCAUUCCUUAGAAUUAAUUUUAAAAAUAAGGUCAUUCCCAAGAAUUGAUGUUGUCCUGUUGAUUGGAUUUUUGAGUUUUUGAGAGAGAUGGUUGUUGGGCUUGCUAUGCUGUAUUAUUAUGUUGUACACUUCUUUACGAUAUGUUUCGGGCUAUACAGAA